AUGAAGUCGAAAGAUCCAUGUCCAUCGAUCUACCAAGAUAUUUUUGCCAACCCUUACUUAAUUGAACAGAUUAUUUUAACAAUCUAUUCGUUAAUAUUCAUCAUUGGUCUUGUCGGCAAUAUUAUGACAAUAAUUAUUAUCAAAUACAACAAACACUUACACACGCCGACAAAUCUCUAUCUUCUAAACUUAGCCGUCUCGGAUCUGAUGAUUCUAUUAUGCAACUUACCGUUAGAAAUGUUAGAAAUCUACCAUCGUGAAUGGCCGUUAUCGGUCGUAUUUUGUAAACUACGAAAUAUUUGCGCGGAGUUUUUCACAUGUUCGUCGAUAUUAACUAUUCUAGCGUUUACGUGUGAACGCUAUUUUGCUAUCGUCCAUCCAAUUCAUCUGCAUCGAUUAAGUCACUUUCGUCGUGCGCAAAAUAUAAUUAUCUUUAUUUGGGUAAUAUCAUUUGGGUUCAGUCUGCCAUUUGGACUUACCUAUGAAAUCGAAAUCAAUCCAUCCAUUGUGUCGCAUAAGCCAACGAUAAUAUUACUAAUAACGAAUAAAACUGAGUUAAUUGAAGCGAAUUACGUAGAGAAGACUCUGUCGGAUAGCUGCAAAGCAUGUGUACCCAAACAAAGUCUUGCGCGAUUACUUUCAAUGACAAUCAUCAUCACAUCGUGUUGUUUUUUCUAUUUACCAAUGAUUAUCAUCGGUGCGAUUUAUCUAUUCAUUGGUCAAGCAUUACGACGUGUUGCAAAGUAUGAAGUUUACACAAGUCCUGUUGAACUUAGUACCUCAUCGCAAUCAAGUUUAUCGCAGAAAGAGCCGAUUGCACUGCAACAGCAGGGUUCACACAUGAAUUCAUAUUCGUAUUUAAAAAUGCGUGCACGCUGUCAAGCUCGUAAAGUCGUCAUUAAGACUCUCAUUGCUGUUGUUAGCGCAUUUUUUAUUUGCUAUGCUCCACUCUAUUUACAACGUUUACUUUUGGCUAUUAUUAAUUUAAAUGCCAAUGUUCUCAUCAAAUUACCAUCAUUGUCAAAUUUCAUGGCGUAUCUGUAUGUUCUAUCGGGUGUGACAUUUUAUUUUGGCUCUGUUAUCAAUCCGAUCCUUUACAAUCUCGUAUCAAAUAAAUAUCGACGAGCAUUUCGUAAUUUGAUCUAUUGUCGACUAUUGAUUAGGAAAACUUCAACGAAGAAACUUCAGCAAAAAUCACGACUGAUCAAGAACUAUCCAUAUAAUCAUCCAGUAUCUUGUCAGAAACAAUUGGUUAAGCCGCAAAUACAGUUUAAUAUUACACAAAAGACGAUUAAAAUCAACGCGCAGGCAUCACAGUCGAAUUCAUCUUCGAGAAAGAAACGCUCAGAUCUUUAUGAAUAA